AUGCCAUCGAUCGUAUGCCACGCGGGCUCCGGUCCCGAUGAUCUCUGGGCGUACUGCCCGUCCUUCGGAGCUGCGAUUCUCUUCACCAUUCUCUUCGGCCUAACGACAUGCACACACAUUGUUCAAGCAUUCAUCUACCGGAAACCCUUUGCUAUCGUCCUCAUCAUGGGCGGCCUCUGGGAAACCGGCGGAUACAUCGCCCGCAUCUACUCGAUCGAGAAUCAACUAAACAGCGGCAUCUACACCGCGCAAUUGCUCUUGAUCCUACUUGCCCCGCUCUGGAUCAACGCAUACAUCUACAUGCUUCUAGGCCGCAUGAUUCAUUUCUUCCUCGAGAACGACCGCGUCUUUAAGAUCAGAGCACGAAUGAUCACAAGGAUGUUCGUCGCCUUCGACAUAACCGCGUUUCUGAUCCAAGCUGUCGGCGGCACCAUGACAGGGCCCGACGUCUCGCCCAGCGUCCAACAAACCGGCCUAAACAUCUACACUGCAGGUGUGGGCGUGCAGCUAUUUUUCCUCGUCAUCUUCGUCGCUCUAGCAAUCGGCUUUCAGCGCAAAGUCCACCGUCAAAGCAACAAUACAUAUCAAGCCGCGCCUUUGGAUCUAGAAGCGCAGCAAACCUCCUACCCACUACCAUCUCCUAAUGCACCUCAAUCCUCAUUCCGCAUCGACUCACCAGUCCCGCUGCCCGACCCAAACCUUGCUACCAACCUCCUCCGCACCCUCUACACAACGCUCGCCCUCGUCAUCCUCCGGAACAUCUACCGACUCGUCGAAUUCGGCACUGGCGAAAACUCCCCCACUGUCAAACAUGAAUGGUUCGCAUACGUUUUUGACGCAGUCCCCAUGUUCUUCGCGCUGGUAAUCUUGAAUAUCUUCUACCCAGGCAAGGUUCUGCAGGGGCCCAGAAGCGAUUUUUCCGAGGAGGAUAAGGCACGGAAACAGGCCAAGAAAGAUAAGAAAGCCGCGAAGAAAGCGGAAAAGGAGAGGAAGAAAGCGAAAGGUGGUAAUUCAUAUGAGCUCUGCAGCGAAUAG